AUGGGUAUAACGUUUCCUCUGAACGAACUUACCCAGUAUUCUAAUAUCAUGGAAGACUCCGCAAGCGUCAACUGUGGAGAAACGAACGUCUCAUCCUCCGCGUCGGAAGCCCAGCAAAACGACACGGCCGAUAGCCUCAUCGGCGAUUACUCCGCCAACGGAAUCCAGCAAUUUCUUCUCGAUAUUAUCAUCAUAAUUCCAUCAAUCUGCUUCAUCAUUUACGGCUUGAUAGCUCUCAGACACAAUGAUCAGCCGAUCGACAAGGACCCAGUUCCAGCCUUACGCGUGACGGCUACGUAUAGCCCGACAGUUUUCCCGAUCGUAUAUGCCGCCAUUACUGCCAAUUUGCUGAAGGCUGCAGCCGGUUGGAAAAUGGAGCGCGGUGUCACAGUCCUCAGUCUAGAGUACCUACUCAGCUGCCGUACCGUCUUCAGCGCCGUUACAACACCUUUGUCCCUACGAUCUCUCUGGUUCAUGUCUCCUCUAGGAGGCCAGGCAGCUCUACGUAUUAUUGAUGUGGUCUCGUCUCAAGCAUCAGAGUCCUAUCCGUUUGAGUGUCUCGAGUUCAUGUCCAUCUUUCCACACUCAGGGCCCCAGAGUUCGGCCGGAAACAGCAUAUUGCCCUCGAUUCAAGGAGCUUUUAUCUCGGCCUUAUCUAGUCCCAAGGAUAUCAAAGCUGGACCUCGAGACGCGUUCGGAAAUGUCAAGAUCCCCAUGCUCGAAUACUAUCGGCAGACAUCAACAACAAAACCUGAUGCCGGCGGCUGGUACAAUGUCAACUCCAAUGAUGAAGAUAACGUUUGGUCAGCAAUUAUUGGAAUUCCAAUUGCAACGCAAGGUGGUUUCUCCCAGGGGCAGAACUAUUCUUUCACCAUGACGACGGCUUAUAUGAGCGCAGACUGUUCAGUACAACGUGGAGAGUUAAUGACUUAUGGAAUGUGGUAUGAAUACCAAAGUCAAAUCCUUAAGAGUCAAGUAUACGGUGCUGGCGGAACAUUAAUCAUCAAGAGCGACGGACUACACAACCAGCUCAGCAAAGACCCCAGGCAUCUGAUACUCACGGCUUACUACCCGACGAACGAAACAAACACUAAUGCUACAUGUACUCUCGUAACGACGCACGCCGAAGUCGAUGUUGCGUGUCAUGGACCUCUCUGUGGUGCCCGUCGGAUUAGGCGAAUCGAGAAGCCGGCCAAUAUGACAGUGACGACGGUAUUGGAUGGGGUUACAGCGGAGGGAUACCACAAAAUCGCACCGGUGGGAGUGUUUGACUUCUUCAUGAAAACCCUGAUGCGGGUCACGUUGACAAUAUGGCAGGGGGAGCGUGACACAUUGUACAAACCGUUCCCUUCGCCUUUAGAAACGUACUUCACCUACCCAGACGCCCCCUUUUCUGCACCAGGUAUUGGUUCUUGGAACGGAACUGAUAUUUACCAAGUCGGAGAUGAAGUGGUCUCCCAGAGAUUUUCCCAGCUGCUCAACACUUUUUGGCUUGCUUCAGUGGCAUCUCGGAACAUCACCGGGAACUUCAACUUUCGGGCACAGACUCUGAAUCCGGGAAUCGAGAGUACGCUCAUUCAAAACAUUACAGGUACACGAACGCCUGAUGAGUUAGUUAUGAGGGUCAACGAAAUUUGGAUUUCAAUCCUAUUCAUCACCUCGGCCAUCAUGCUAGCUUCAGGUAUCGCGGCUAGCAUCUUCAGCUGCCUGAGACGAGGCCCUGAUGUACUCGAUCGAGCUACGUUCUUCCUGAGGGACAACCCACACGUCAAAGUCGCUCAACAGAGCUCCUUGGAGGAUGGAACCAGCCAGGUCAAAAGGGUUAAAGGAGUGCGAGUUUGCAUCGUCGAUGUUACGCCUUUGGAGGAAACUGGACAUGUCGCUUUUGGCACGGUCGGGGAAGCCAUGCCAUUGAGGUGGCAGGAAAAGGAGAGGCGCUAUUCUUAA